AGGCCUUCAUUGCCUUGUUAUAAGUACAUCAACUCUACUGUCGGCCUCUGAUUGGUUCGAUUUUGAUGAGCUUUUUCUCCCCUUGGAAAUGGUUUUUUGAACUUUUUAUGAACUUUUUGAUUUAUUCAUGGGAUUUGAAACGUUCAACCAUAAACGUAAAACAUCAAAGCUGUAUGAUAAUCCUACAAGAAUUCCUUGUCUUAUUUCUUCUGUCCAAAGGUUGCAUUACUUUUGCAAUACUUGUGGUUUUCUUCAGGGGGGAUCUGUUACUGCAUCACAAUGCACUGAUAAAUGUAUUGGGUAUAUUGAAAAAUAUUGUGUAAUUGAAGCUUCCUGUCUAAUUUUCUCGGAUUAUUUUGUGGUGUCUUUCCUUCUUAUUAAUUCUGUGAUGGCAGGCGAUUUUCAUUUAAUUUUGAUUAUUUAUUUGCAUUAAUUCUGAAGUGUAGAGAAACUCCCUGUAGUCCUCAUCAUGCAUGGUUGGUUGGUUAAAACAUUAAUUUUUAGGUGCUUUAACAAUGCAUCGGUCAUUGAAACCUUAAAAAUAGAGAUCAAUAGAAAUGUGCCAAAAAUUAAAAAGAAAAGGAAAGAAUAAAUUAUGCUCAACAAUAGAAAAAUGAAAAAAUAAGAGUGGCAUUGAAAGAUUUUCAGAUUAGGAAGAUAGAAACAAUUUGAUAAAAAAUUCUAAGCCAAUAUUUUGAUUAAAGAAAAAACUCUAAAUUGUGUGACGCUUACAGUAUUGAAUAGGUAUUGAAUCCUUGCAUGAAGAUUGCAUCUUGUAAACAUUCGGAGAUGCAGCUUAUAUUGAAACCAUGGGAACCCUCUCAUGGUGCUCUCUGAGAGCUCAAUUAAUUUAAGUUAUCUGUUUGAUCCCGUCGAAACAAUUCUUGAGAGCAAAGCAUAAGUCACUUAAUAUUGAGAAAUUCUAUCAUGAACGUCAUCCAAUUUGAUGUUGAGGAAACGACAGGGAAAAUCUUAGACUCUGUCACACAUUCCACAGGUGGACCAGGAGGCUGUAUCUUUAUAACAACUCAUGAGCAAUACCGCGAGGUCAGAAAAAACAUGGGAUCCGGCGUGAUGGCGCCUAACAUUUCGUUUGGAUACCAGCUAAAUAAUCCUUCCAAAAUCGAAAAAUGUUUGGGACUGGAGACUAUUGAACAUUUGAACAGGAAAGUUGCUGAAGUUAAGAGGGAACAGCGGUCUGUCUGUACUUCAACAGGAAAUCUUGACGUUUAUUGCAAGCAAAAGACGCAAAAAAUAUACAAUCCUCUUAAAAAUUAUAAACAAAUGAAGCCAGAAUCUACUAAAAGUUGGAACGGAAAGGAUGGUAACGUCAAGAUAGAGAGGCGGUCUAUCUGUACAUCAACAGGAGAUCUUGACACUUAUUGCAAGCAAGAAACACAGGACAAAGCGAAACGCACAAAGCCGAAAGUAAAACCUAAACCGGCCCUGAAGAGGAAGAUCAUUCUCAAGACUCGGUCAACUCAAACAGAAAUAAGCAUGGGAGCAGCGAAGAGUAAAACUCAUCCUAAGUCAACUUCAAAGAAAUGCAAGAAAAAAAGUGAACGUUGAAAACAAAUUAUUCAUAUGCAAAUUUGACAAUGAUUUUAUUUAAAAAAUAAAAGAAAAGAGUCGUUACUGA